UUCCCGGUUUGACGCGUCUCUGUCUCAUCCUUGAAACCCUGAACCGUGCUGACGUGUGAUGCGGAAGUAAACAAACGAACAAACUAGCCGCAGAUCAAAGCUGCUCUGCUCCAAAAUGUCGAUUUCAAACCCGAGGCAGUCGUUUUUAAACCCGGUGAUUCCCUUCGCUGGGACAAUCCUCGGGGGUCUGUUGCCGGGUGAGAUGGUCGUCAUUCAGGGCUCGGUGCCGUCUGACGCUGACAGGUUCCAGGUGGAUCUGACCUGCGGCAGCAGCGUGAAGCCGAGGGCCGACGUGGCGUUUCACUUCAACCCAAGGUUCCAGCGUUCGCCGUGUAUCGUCUGCAACACGCUGCAGAGGGAGCGCUGGGGCCGAGAGGAGAUCCUGAACCAGACGCCAUUCACCGCCGGGGCGGCGUUUGAACUCAUCAUCCUCGUCCUGAAGGACAAGUUCAAGGUGGCUGUGAACGGCGCUCACGUGUUGGAGUAUAACCACCGGGUGGAGCUGCAGAGAGUCGACACUCUCUUCAUCUCCGGAAAAGUCAAAGUUGAUGUGAUUGGCAUCGUCCCUCCGUCCUCGAGUUCAGUUUCUCCUGAAGUCAGUCUGACCAAUCAGAGCUCAGAGAUGAACCCGAUCGUCUCCUCGUCAGGUGACCUGAGUAUUCCCUUCAGAGGAGAGCUGGGUAAAGGUCUGAGCGUUGGGCAAAGCAUCACCAUCAAAGCAGAAACCAAACACAAGGCACACAGUUUCUGUGUGAACCUGCGAACGUCGGGCAGCAGCGACAUUGCUCUUCACCUGAACCCUCGUCUGAAGUCACGAACCUUCAUCAGAAAUUCGUUCCUGUCUGAGUGCUGGGGCCCUGAGGAGACAAAGCUCGACUCCUUCCCCUUCUCCGCAGGACAGUACUUUGAGAUGAUCAUCCUGUGCGACUCUCAGCAGUUCAGAGUCGCUGUUAAUGGGAUCCCCCAGCUGGACUACAAACACAGAGUCAAAGACCUGAUCCAGAUCAACCAGGUGGAGGUUCGGGGAGACCUCAAACUGCAGGACAUCAGGAUCCACUGAACACCUCUUUCUACAGGCUGUUUAUAUGAAGUGCCUGUUGCAGCAAUAACAGCCUCACUUCCUGUAUCAUGAACCUGAGUCAGGUGAUAAAAUCAGGAAAUUAAUGAACCAAGUUUCCAACAUAUCAAACUGCUGACUAAUUACUGUCUGUGCUUCUGUAAGCUCUAAUAAACCACAUGAACCUGA